AUGGAAGGAAGAAAUGAAACUGUGAUCCUGGAAUUCAUCCUCUUAGGAUUUGGGGAUGUCUCUGACCUGCAGCCGCUUGUUUUCCUCGUGUUUCUACUGAUCUAUCUUGUGACUAUGGCUGGAAACACCCUCAUCAUUGCGCUAGUUCUGGUUGAACCUCACUUUCAUGCCCCAAUGUACUUUUUCCUGGGGAACUUGGCCUUCGUGGAGAUCUGCUACAGCUCUACCAUCCUGCCCAAGUUUUUGGCCAGUCUUCAGACGGGAGACAGAACCAUUUCUGUGAAGGCCUGCCUGGUGCAAACCUAUUUUUUUGCCAUCAUAGCAACGGCAGAAAAUCUGCUCCUGAUGGCUAUGUCUUACGACCGGUAUCUAGCGAUAUGCCACCCGCUCCGAUACGCCGCCCUAAUGAACGGCUGGGUGUGUUGCCUGCUAGUGACGGGCCCCUGGCUGUACAGUUUUCUGGUGGUCGGUGUAUUGACUAGUUUCUUGUUCCCAUUAACGUUCUGUGAAUCUCAAGAAAUUGACCAUUACUUCUGUGAUUUUUCACCCAUGAUAAAGCUCUCCUGCUACGACCCCCAGUUUCUGAAACUGACAACAUUAAUUAGCUCUAUCAUUGGGACAGUAGUGCCUUUGUUAUUGACCCUGGCUUCCUAUGUUUGUAUCAUCACCUCCAUCCUGCGAAUCCCGUCCUCCAUCGGGCGGCAAAAGGCCUUUUCCACCUGCUCCUCACACCUCAUUGUGGUGUCCAUCAUAUACGUGACCCUUAUCAUUGUCUACGUGUUUCCGUCACUCAACAUGUCUGCAGUCCUUCACAAAGUGUUCUCGCUCUUCUACACAGUCCUGAAUCCCAUGAUCACCCCCAUUAUCUACAGCCUGAGGAACAAGGAGGUGAAAGAGUCGCUGAGAAAAAUGAUUGGGACACUGGUUGCCUUCAGAAACAGGCAGAGAAUCUGA